GAUUUUACAUAAAUGGUGGAUGUGCGGCGUUUUCUUUGCACUUUCCCUCUGCUGGCGGGUCUGGAAUUCAAGCCAUCGAUCUCUCCGUCGUCGUUGCCGUCUCUCCGCCGGGAAGCCGCAAUUGGGUUGAGAUUAGCGUUCGGGUGUGUCUAGGGCUCAAUCGUGAAGGAGAAUGAGAGAAUCGGGAGGGGCUCCAAAGCUAAUGAUCGGUCGCGCCUGCGACGCAACAGAUCCCCGACCCUCUCUCGUCGCCGACAACAACUUUGAAUUCGCUUUCAACUCGAGCACCUUCUCCGACCGUGUCCUCCGUCUCGAGGUCAUGGCGGAGCCGCCCGAUGCCGGGUCCAGCCACCGCAAGCGCAGGAGGGACGACGGCACCAAAGAAAAAGCAUUGGAGUCUGCAAAAUGCUCUUCGGAAUUUGCAUCAAAUUGUGAGCCUAAGACCCAUGAUUGUGAGGAAUAUGAAAAUCAUAAUGAAGAUGAUGUGUCAGCGCCCCAUGAAUUGACACCAAGUGCAUUGCAAGCUGUAGUUGAUUCUGAAAAUAAAGAUUCGUCAAUUAUGAGUUCUCCUUGCAUUCUCAGAGUUAUACCCAUUCACAUUAAUUCUGCUAUUCUCUCUGCAAGAAGUCCUUUCUUCUACAAGCUUUUUUCAAAUUGCAUGAAAGAGUCUGAAGGGCAGGAUACAUUACUAAGAAUUAAUGAAUCAGAGGAAGCUGCUUUCAUGAAAGUCUUGAGUUUUAUGUAUAGUGGAAAACUAUCAAAUACGUUUGAAACUCCCCUUUUGGAUGUGCUGAAGGUUGCUGAUAAGUUUGAGGUUGUUUCAUGCAUGCAUUAUUGCAGUAAACUACUUCGAAGUUUGCCUGUGACAACAGAAUCUGCACUGUUGUAUCUGGAUUUGCCUAAUAGCAUUUCAUUAGCUUACGCUAUCCAACCUGUGAUAGAUGCUGCUAAAGACUUCCUUGUCAACAGUUACAAGGACAUUGCUACGUUCCAAGACAAAAUAAUGAAUUUUCCCCUGGCUGCCAUUGAAGCUAUUCUAUCAAGUGAUGACCUUCAAGUGAUAUCAGAAGAUGAUUUAUACGAUUUUGUUCUGAAGUGGGCUCACACACAGUAUACAAUAGUGGGAGAACGUCGUGAUAUUUUGAGUUAUCGCCUACUCCAUCAUAUCCGUUUUGCUUAUUUGAGUUGUAAGAAACUAAGAGAAAUUGUCAAGUGUGAUGGCCUGGAUCAUGACCUUGCUUCCAAACUAGUAAUUGAAGCCCUCCUCUUCAAGUUUGAAGCUCCUUCCAGACGGCAAGCCCUUGUUAAUAAUGAGUUGAACCACAGGCGUUUUGUGGGAAGGGCUUACAAAUGCCUUAUACCGAAGCUGGUAGAAUUUGAGAGGCCGCACCCAGAAUGCAUUGUCUACUUGUAUCUCAAGAGGGAGGAAUGUGCCAAUUUGUUCCCAUCAGGACGGCUCUACUCUCAUGGAUUCCAUUUGGGUGGGCAAAACUUCGUUCUCUCAGCGAAUUGUGAUUCGGAUGAACAUAAUCCAUUCCGCUGCUUUGGACUUUCCCUAGUGAUGAAUGAAACAGGUUCAAUCUGCUGCACAGUAGAUUACGAGGUUGCUGCAAGAACCAUGCAGCUGGCAGGAGAAUUUGUAAUAAUCAAGAAAAGAGGCCGCUACAUUUUAUCCGGUGGGACGGCAAUAACUUUCCCGAACUUGAUUGAGAUGAAGUGGAGUGCUUUCAUGGCUGGAGAUAACCCCUAUUUCAUCGAUGAUACCCUCCACUUGAGAGCUGAAGUAAGUAUCAAACCGCCUCAACUAGCUUCAGUGCAAUAGUGGAAUCGUUAGUCUUGAGUGUUAGAGUACCAAAAUGCAACAAGAAGAAAUGGUGAGUUUUUUCAGGGCAAACUCUCUGCCUAUAAAUGGCUGCGGUAGCUAGAAAAAGAUUGAUCAGUUUGAAAUUUUUAACUUCAACAGUCUAUUAGCCUUUGCCGAUUUUGAAUCAA